UUGCAGUGUUCUCGUGAUUUGCAGUGUCUUGUCUUCACCGCUGGGCGGAGCUACAACCGCAAGCUUGACGUCUGCAGACAACAAGCGCCAUCUGUUUCCCUCGUCCUUCUCUAAAACAAAACGUCGAACAAUAGUGAAAUAUGGUGACGAAGCGAAUUAGGUCAGAAUACAUGAAGAAAUUUAAAGAUCCGAGAUGGGACACUUACGCAAAGUGUUACGAGGAUUUGCUGAAGUACAGACUGUCAAGACGGCUGUUGGAGCAAGCGCACAAGCCCUGGUUCUGGGGAGAAUGGGGGAGCGAGACAGGCUCCAGUGGUACAUCUACUCCUCUAAGUCGGAAUAAAGUUGAACCUGAGAGGAUCCAUGAUGAGAAAGCAGAACGAUCUGCUUGUGUGACACCAGAACCACCGGCAGAAGAAGAUCUGGACAGAGGCGCAGCAAACACCAAGCUAGUUGCCAGAGUUGCUGAGCAGAGUCAUCAAGAGGAGGAGAGAGCCAGAGAAAGCUCUCCUGCUCUCAAUCCAGAAACUGACACACAUAUCCUGAACUCACCAAAGAGCAAACGCCUCUCCUCACACAAGUUUACAAGAUCGAAGGUCAAGCCUCAUGCAACCAAAGACCCUGAAAAAGAAAAUCGUCACCCUUUUGCCCUGUAUGGUGGGGGAGAGAGACAGACAGAUAUGGCUUCCAAGAAAACCCAUAAUGUUGGUCCAGCAGCAUCAACUGCAGAGAUCCAUGAGUCAGCGAUGCGAGCAAGAACCCGACGAGAGGUGGAAAAACAGAUAAAGAGAUCUGACAAACAAAGAGCCAGAUCUGCUGACGUCGAAAAUAACAGAAAUAAGAUUGUCCCGGAUUUCAACCCCUGGAUGACAGAGUACAUGCGCUGCUUUUCAGCUCGUUCACGGUAGUAUUGCUUUCUGAAAUCCUUUGAAAAUGUCAGCGUCUGUCUAAACCUCUCAUACCAAUCGAGCCAAAAUACUGCACAUGAUGACUGGCGCAUCAGUCCAGCUCACUUCCCGUCUUCCAGAAUGGGCCACAAUAAAUUAUAACUCAAGUUUUCUUAGGGGUUUAUUUACCCCAUGGAUAUGUUGUAUUUACUGGUACAUAUCAAACAUGAAAACACAAUCAUUUGAUGCUACAGGGCAAAUUGUUAAACACUUGCAUUGUUGCAUGAUAUUUGUGAGCUGUGUAGAUUUACAGGCCAUGCGAUUUACCAGUGUCUCUUUGCACUCUUAGCCAACUACUUAAUGUUUUCAGACAAUUAUAGACACAUAAUUCUAUUUAUUUUAACGUUGUGUAUUAUCUACAUUGUGUUAGAAGUUAGGUUUAAUAUAAAGAAAUCAGUUUUUUACAGAAAUCUUUUGCGCCAAUGUGAAUCUUUGUAAUGUUGUGAUAGUCUCAAAUUGGCAAUCGAUCCAUUAUAUUAAUAUCUGCUUUCUUUUAUAAGAGAUGUAUUAUAUUUUACUUGUGUAUUCACACUGAAUGUGCAUUCCAUGUUGUAUUUAUUGUAUCAAAACAGUAAUAUCAAAAAGUCACUGGUAUCUGAAGCAUGAAACGUACACUGCAAAAUGAUAAAUCAAGUUUGAAUGAGAUCAUACACAGCAAAAUUAAUUUUAGCUGUCCAUCAAGCAUAACUUUCAAUUUGAUGCUAUUUGGUUUUUAGUAGCACUCAGGUAUUUCUUGUAUUUUAUGUAAUUUAUUAAGAAAUGAAAUUGGGAUAUUUGUACACCGUUUAUAUAAUGGUAUUGAACUAAUUUUGACUCGUCUCUAAACAAAUGUAAAGGGUAUGUUUUUUCCAAUGUCAUAUCUAAAUAGUGAUUUAUGGCAUGUACUAUGUGAAUAGUGUUGGUGUUAGGGUAAAAAAAAAUGAAGCCAUGUUUAUGAGCUAGAUUUAUAUGAUUAAUAUCCAUUCCACUGUCUGCUAUGGAAGCAGUUUUGAAGGGUAUUAAAGUUUAAGAGUUUAUAUUACUGCCUGUGAAACUGAGAUGUAAAUGUGAUAAUAGCUUUUUAACACUUUCUUUACAAAGACACAGUCUAGUAUUAUUUUUUUUAGUUUUCAGUCGUAACAUUGCUGUUACGAGAAUAGUAUGUUAUAAUAGUAAAAUAAAGUUGUUGUUUUUUUAUAAGUGUA